GGUUAGGUUUCACGAGACGCACGUUUGAUACAAUUUCCGAUUAAGGAAUUCACUUGAAAAGUUUAUUGUUACACUAUACAAUGGAUUCUUAUAUGGAAAUACUCUCUGGAUAUGUCUACGACGAGGACAAAUUGGUAACCUACAAAUGGCUGAGCAAGGAAUUGGAGGUUCACGUGAACAUUGCGAAGCAAAUUCUCUGGUCAUUUCGAGAGAAGCAUAAAGAUCGAGGUGACAUAGAAUCUACUUUUAUGUUAAUGGGAAAUCUCAGCGACGGCAGUAUGCGGGUAGAAGUCGUGGGGGAAGCCAGUCGAGAACGGGAAAAGGAGAAGUUCACGACUCUCAUAUGCGAGCACAUGUACAGCGUGCAGAAAUCGUUACCUGAUAUACAAUUGUUAUGUAUUGCGGGGGAAGGGGACUGCCGAUUUAGUGCGAUUAAAUGUUCGGAAAGUGGUCUUUUAAGUGACGAAGAAUACCAGAAGUUGAUGUGGGGUGACCUAUAUAAAAAUGUCCCGCAAAUAAAAAAUGAUCAGCCAAAGAAAUCGACGGACAAAACACUGUCUGCCUCUUUGUUCGCAGAAACGGAUGGACCGGAGUCCAGCGACGGGAAGGAGCCUAUUUCUAACAUGCCAAAGAAGUCGACUAAGGCACAACAAGAUACGAACCCCCUUUCCAAACCUGAAAAUCAACAGAAGCAUCUGACUUCACCUUCAAAUACUGUUGCGAGUAGUAAAACGGAACAGGCGAAGAAGACUUCUCCUGGCACUAUAAAGAAAUCGUCUACGAAAGGUGGAAAGGCAACUCUGCCCGUUAAAACUGGGCCGAUAAAUAGCUUUUUCAGGAAAGCUACCCAGAAACAAGAGACGCAGUCUACGAUUGCAAGUAUUUCCAAAGCGAAGAAUGAGAUCGUGAAACCUGUCGAAGAUGCUGCCUGCGAUGCUAUACCGAAUAAAGAUAUCUCUCCGAAACCAAGCAAGCCCAUCCUGGAAGAGAGCAAAGAGCAGAAGAAAGUGAAAGAAUCCAAAGAGAGUAAACCUAAACAAAAGAAGUAUCGUGGGACCAAAAGGAACCGUAGUCAGGAAAGCAGCGAUGCAGCCAAGAAGCGAAAGCGAAUCAUUGCUGCUCCUGUUUCAAGCGAAGAGUCUGCCACCAGCGAGGACGAAGGAGAACCUUCUCCAGGAUUCCAGGAAGUACUGCCUUCACCUCCGCAAGAGGUUCCUUCGUCUCCACCAGAGGUUCUCAGAAUAGCAGGUAGAGCUACCGUUCGUAGAAUAGUUGACACAACGUAUGUCGACGAGGAUGGCUUCCUUGUUACCGAGAAGGUCACUGUCCACGAGGUAUGUUCAGACCAGGAAGACAUUACACCAGAACCAGCGAAGAAGGAACCCACUCCGUCCCCUGUACAAGCGAAAGGAAAAAAGAAUGCGAAGAACUCGAAGAACAGUACUUCGAAGACGAAACAAAGUACUCUGACCAGUUUCUUUAAACCAUCGUAAGGGGAAUUUGUUUUUUCUUUAAAUCUCUACUAUCUUAUUUUUUUUUAUUGAUUGCAUUUUGUUUUUGGAUGAAUGUUAUAUUAAGGGGUUCGAUCGAUGAGUUUGAGUUAACUACUUUGUUAUAUCUUCAAGUGUAACGAUAAGCAGAGUGGCUGGUAAUAUCCAUUUGUGUACCGAGGGAACACGCGAGGAGAAGCAUGAGUUUGCUCCAUCCCUUAACGUUAUUACCAGCCACACCCUGGUGCACCCCUGGUCAUCAACCCCGACAUAUUUAUAGCACACGCGAUAGGCCAGUCAAGGGUAGAAUUCGACAUCCUCUCCUGUCUACAAAGCGAAUCAUUCAUUUUAAGUGAAUUUCCUUAUGGGCGCCAUCUUGGAGAAAAAGAAGAAAUUAAACCUCCCAAUCACCCUAAGAGAAAAACAGCUGAUAAACUUAAUUCACAAGGAAAGGAACAAAAGAAACUCGGUAGAGUUUCGAGCCAAAUGCAUUUUUCAGCGAGGAACUCGUAGCGUUGAGCGAUGCGAUGCAUUAUAGAGAAAAAUUGUAUAAAAAUUGAUUAAUGAGCGGAGGUUAACCCUUUACGGCGCGGGAUUUUAGGAAAUACAAAGGCCUACGUUGAAAGGAAAU